GACCCAGUUGACGACGUGGCCAAGCUACGUCUUAUUCCUGCGUUUCCUCGAGCCGGGGUGAUUCAAACGAGAUAAGUAACCUCCGAAUAACACAUGCUCUGAAUAACAUACUGGAAACAUUUACAUUUGUGAGCAACGAUGUCUGGAAAAACCAAAAGCAGAAGUGUUGCAAACGCGGACUCGAUAUCUGGCGGUGUAUCCUGCGAUGAGCGAAUUUUGCGGGAUUGUCAUCAACUGUACACGGAACCCGACAGCGGGUUGAUUGCAGUGGCCGAAUCUGUGGAUGUGAAGUUGCUGGCCCCUCGAAAGAAGAUCACUGUGAUGCUGAUGGGCAACCACUCUGCUGGGAAGAGCUCCUUCAUCAACUGGUAUGUUGAAGAGCACAUCCAGCGCACUGGAGUCGCUAUUGAGACCCAGGGAUUCAGUUUUGUUACAAGCGGGCGCAAGAGAGAAUCUCUCACAGGAAAUGCCACCCUUCAUUUGUAUCCACACUUCAAGCCUCUGCAAGAAUUCAGAGGUGUAUCGGAAUAUCUGAGCACAGAGAUCUGCACGUCACGACAGAAACGUUUCAGUCUGGUGACUUUUGUGGAUUCGCCUGGAUUGGUGGAUGGUGAUAUGAAGUAUCCCUUUGAUGUUGAUGAAGUCAUCCUGUGGCUAGGUGAUCUCUGUGACCUGAUUCUGGUCUUCUUUGACCCGAUGGGUCAGGCUCUGUGCAAACGUACCCUCAAUAUUGUGGAGGCCCUGAAUGACAAACAUGGGGAUCGGCUGCGUUUUUACCUGAGCAAGGCUGAUGAGGCCGGGGGCGAGUCUGAUAGACAGCGAGUAAUGAUGCAGAUUGUCCAGGAGCUCUGCAAGCGACCAGGACUCAAUAAAUGUGGCUUUGACAUGCCCACCAUCUACAUUCCUAAUCCAAACAAGCCGAGCCGCUGUGUCAACCAAGUUGAGGAAGUGUGUCGCACCAUUGAGAAAACCAUCAAUCAGACAGUCCAGAAUACACUCAACUCUCUGGAGAAGGACUGUGAGGUCAUCAGUGAAGCCAUCACUGAUAAACUCACCAAUGACAGGCAGACAAGUAUUGAGAACCGACGGGCACGCUGCAAGAGCUGUCUCUUGACUCUGCUGGGCUUUAGCAUCCCGCUAGCUCUUUUGUCCAUACUGCUGCUGGGCACGCUGUCACAGGAAGUUCUGGAGAUGGCUUUGGGCCGCCAAGGCAUUGAGGCGCUAUCACUUUAUCUGAUUCCCGUUGUACGGAUAUUUGACUCCAUGUCUGGAGAGCAGCAGCUCUACGGCUGUGGCGGGAUGGUCCUUGCUUCUUUCCUCCUGCUCAUCAUUGCGCGCUUCUCCUUCAGGACUCAACCAACUCUGUCAGGCAAGCAGAAAAGGCAGCUGCAGGAGAAAUUGGAGUUUGUUCAGGAGGUGGCAAAGACCAAAAAGAAGAAGCUGUAUGAAGACUACCUGCGGCAGAGUGUCAGUGAUCAUGACAUGAACUGAAAGACCCAAAUGGACAAACAACACGGACCAAAUAGGAAAAAAAAGCACUGCCAGCGUUACACUGCAAUACUUCUACCUUUUUGAUACUGUAUCAAUUUCAAGAAAAUUCACAUUAACCCCCACCGCUUCCUGCUAUCUUUUUACAGUAGAUGCUUACCAGCAAAUUAGAAGGACCUGAUUUUAUUGUUGCUUCUGCUCUACUCAAUCAUCAUUUCAUGCUUAUACCACUCUACAUAUUGAAAUAUUUGCUAUUUAUAACGUUUCCUUAUCUGAGAAAGUUUUGGUCAGUCAGCAAAUGGCACUGCUUUACUUUGUAUGAGUUACUGGUCCCUUUUUUUUUUUUUUUUUUUUUUUGUACCUUCACCAGCAUUUUAUACAGUGUUUUGACAGGAUCAAUCAUGAAUGUUAUCCAAAUAUGAAAUUACAAUAUCUCAGUUAUAUGACGUUUAUAAGCAAGCAAGGUUUUCUGACUGUGAUUUUCCACUAGUCACAUUUGUUUCCCAAUUGUUCCCUUUUGAACAUUUUUAAU